GCUCCAUCGAUAUCCAUCAACAACGAGGGAGAAACGAAGCCCAGACAAGCAUCCGAAGCAAUAUUGGCAGAGUUCUUGAUGUUUCUCGAUCACAAGGAAGAUGCGGUCGACCAAGGCUGGUGCGAAGUCAAUGCUUGGACCACAACCACUUCGAUAUAUUGAAUGAUGGCAAAAAGCUCUGGACCACGACGAACGCCAUGACUGGGUACCAGACACCCUUCUUAUCUUGCCGAAUGCCUUCUUUCCUUUUUGUCCCCCAUCAUUGGUAGGCUGGCUUGACGUGAAGGAGGAGGCAGGCGUUAGGUUUGGGGGUCCAUGGCCACUUAGCCUCCUUGUAUCCUGUCCCGGCCACAUUUUCUACCCAAGUGGUGAGGGUCCAGAUCCGUCAGCAGCCUGGUUCCUGCUGCUACUUCGACCAAUCAAGUCGAUUUAGUUUGCAUUGUACUUUGAACAGACCUCUUGUCCAUGAAAGACCAGACGGCGAUCAGUAUUCUCGAGCUAAUGACGCGAAGCUCGCUUCACAAGUCGCGAUUUCUUGGCUGGAAAACACUGUUAUCUUGUUAUCUCUACGAUUCGUCCAGAAGCUGGAAAGUUUGUCCUAGAGAAGGCAUGGCUUUACUGUACUGUUGGUCUGGGAUAGAUGGAGCAAGUCUGGACCCAGAAAACGUCCCAGUGGCGCCUUUGGGACCAUCCAGAGACUCGGGACGCUCAUCCAGUGGCACAAGGAAUGGUACAGUCGCAUGGUGAUGAAAUAUCUGCCGCUGAUCACGACCAUAUGGAGGCUUACUUUCCACCCCUCAUGAGUCCUGGUCCGGUUUCCCACACCAUGGGAGCGGGUCUGACAGUCCUGGACAUGCGAAUGGGCUGUAUAUAAGUAUAUACUCAAGCUCACCCAAGAUUAUCCAAGCAGUUACCAAGAAGAAAUCAUUUCCUUCACAACCCAGUUGCCUCUUGGAAAGAAUAGCAAGCCAUGUCCACCGCUCUUGCAAAAGAGAUUGACCUCCGGGCUCCCGCUGGCGGGGUCAUCUCUUCUGACACCUCGUCCUCACAAGCAUCUUCUGACGACCUAGGAAAUGUCAGACCAAGCGAGAAAACUGCAGGUGUCAGAAGCAACGAGGUCUCAACCGCACUUCCUCUUGGAGUCCCAGCCCAGGAGAAACGGUUCUGGUUUCAACGCAACAAGACAAACUACGACCCAAAUGCUAUUGCUACACAGCCGUCAGUUUUCGAUGAUCCAGAUACCGCAAAAGAGUAUCAGCCUCCGGCAAGUUGGGAAAACAUCCAUCGAUUUGACCCCUCCGCACGAUGGACUUGGGGCGAAGAAUACAGCCUGGUGCGAAAAAUUGACUGGAAAAUCAUGAUCUGGGCUUGCGUUAUGUUCAUGGCACUUGAACUAGAUCGUGCCAAUAUCCAACAAGCCGUUACCGAUAACUUCUUGAAGGAGCUACAUUUAGACACCAAUGACUUCAAUCUUGGAAACACAGUCUUCAAAUUGUCUUUCCUCUGUGCCGAACUCCCAUCGCAGCUAGUAUCGAAGUGGAUCGGUCCCGAUCGCUGGAUCCCAGCUCAAAUGGUUCUCUGGUCAAUCGUUGCGUCGUGCCAAUUCUGGUUGAGUGGAAGACGAAGCUUUUUGGUUUGCCGCUCCUUGUUGGGUAUCCUCCAGGGUGGAUUCAUCCCAGAUAUCAUUCUGUAUCUUUCAUAUUUCUACAAGCAUCAUGAGCUUUCUCUCAGACUCGGGUUCUUCUGGACGGCUAUGUCCAUUGCAGAUGUGAUUGCUGCAUUCUUGGCAUUCGGCUUACUUCACCUUCGUGGUCUCCAUGGCUACUCCGGCUGGAGAUGGCUAUUUCUCAUUGAAGGACUUAUCACACUCGUCCUCGGUCUCAUCGCGUUUAUCCUCAUGCCGCCCAGCCCAACGCAGACAGCAAGCAAGCUGCGCGGGAAGAAGGGUUGGUUUACUGAAAGGGAAGAAAUCAUCAUCAUUAACCGCGUCAUCCGAGAAGAUCCAACAAAGAGCGGGAUGCACAACAGAGAACCCAUCACGCCAAAGCUAUUGUGGAAGAGCAUAAAAGAUUACGACCUCUGGCCCCUCUACAUCCUCGGCCUCAUGUUCCAAAUUCCCGAAACCACUCCCACCCAAUACUUGACACAAACCCUGAAAGGCCUCGGCUUCGACACCUUCAAGACCAAUCUCCUCGUCAUCCCAUCGACAGUUGCGCACAUGAUCACCAUGAUGGCACUCACCUACAUCGCCGAGAUCUGGGGCGAGCUGACCUUCACAUCUAUGAUUGGACAGAUCUGGGCCUUCCCUUUCCUAGUCUACAUCUACAUGGUGGACAUCACCAAAAUCCACAAAUGGACAGCCUUCGGCAUCAUGACCUUACUCCUCAGCUACCCCAGCGCGCACCCCAUUCAAGUCGCCUGGAACUCUCGCAACUCAAACGCAGUCCGCUCUCGAACAGUCUCAGCCGCUUUGUACAACAUGUUUGUGCAAGCAUCCGGAAUCAUCGCUUCCAAUGUCUACAGAAAAGAUGAUGCGCCGCGAUAUAAGAGGGGUAAUCGUGUUUUGCUGUCUAUAUGUAUUGUUAAUAUGGGUUUGUAUACUUUCACGAAAUUCUACUAUUUGAAGCGCAAUGCGUAUCGGGAGAAGAAGUGGGGAGCUAUGACUGAGGAUGAGAGAAUUCAUUAUUUGGCUACGACGACGGAUGAAGGUAACAAGAGACUGGAUUUCAGGUUUGCUCACUAGAAUUACGACUUUAUGACGGAGAGGCUGGGUAGAGGCUGGGUAGGCGGAACGCAUGUUGGCCUGAAUUAAAAAUAGUUGGGUCAUGUUGUCAAAUGGUGUAGAGCUUAGAGUGAAUAAGUUCAUGCUUGUUAGGGACGGAAUAAACCACUUCGCAGAUUCUUUGUUCCUAAAUCAGUCUAUUAUCCCUUG